UCCGCCCCGGCGGCGGCUCCGCUGCGCCCGGAGAGCGCCCGGGAGCGCCGGCAGCGGGAGCGCGGAGCCAUGGCCGCGGUGACGAGGGGCACCGCGACGCGCCGCAGCCGCCUCAAGCGCUCGGACGGCAGCACCACCUCCACCAGCUUCAUCCUGCGGCAGGGCUCAGCAGAUUCGUACACGAGCAGACCCUCAGACUCUGAUGUCUCUUUGGAAGAGGACAGGGAAGCAAUCCGCCAGGAAAGGGAGCAGCAAGCGGCCAUCCAGCUUGAGAGGGCCAAGUCCAAACCAGUAGCAUUUGCUGUCAAGACCAACGUGAGUUACUGCGGGGCUCUGGAUGAAGAUGUUCCUGUCCCAAGCACUGCCAUCUCCUUCGAUGCCAAGGACUUCCUCCACAUUAAAGAGAAAUACAACAACGACUGGUGGAUAGGGAGGCUGGUGAAGGAGGGCUGCGAGAUCGGCUUCAUCCCGAGCCCGCUGCGCCUGGAGAACAUCCGCAUCCAGCAGGAGCAGAAGAGGGGCCGCUUCCACGGAGGGAAAUCCAGUGGGAAUUCUUCUUCCAGCCUUGGAGAGAUGGUUUCUGGCACGUUUCGAGCCACACCUACAGCCACAGCAAAACAGAAACAAAAAGUGACAGAGCACAUUCCCCCCUAUGAUGUGGUGCCAUCAAUGAGACCUGUGGUGUUGGUGGGCCCAUCGCUCAAAGGCUAUGAGGUGACAGACAUGAUGCAGAAAGCUCUCUUUGACUUCCUGAAGCACAGGUUUGAUGGGAGGAUAUCCAUAACCAGAGUGACAGCUGACAUCUCGCUGGCCAAGAGGUCUGUGCUCAAUAACCCCAGCAAGAGGGCCAUCAUUGAGCGCUCCAACACCAGGUCCAGCCUAGCUGAAGUGCAGAGUGAGAUUGAAAGAAUCUUUGAGCUGGCCAGGUCCUUACAGCUGGUUGUCCUGGAUGCAGACACUAUAAACCACCCUGCACAGCUGAUCAAGACAUCUCUAGCACCAAUUAUUGUCCAUGUGAAGGUGUCCUCUCCAAAGGUUCUGCAGCGACUGAUCAAGUCCAGAGGGAAGUCACAAAGCAAACACUUGAACGUCCAGUUGGUGGCAGCUGAUAAACUUGCACAAUGCCCGCCAGACAUGUUCGACGUGAUCCUGGACGAGAACCAGCUGGAGGAUGCCUGCGAGCACCUGGCCGAGUACCUGGAGGCUUACUGGCGAGCCACGCACACGUCCAGCGCCACGCCCAUGACCCCUCUGCUGGGCAGGAGCCUGGCACCCGCCGCCCUGUCCCCGUACCCCGCCGCCAUCUCCGGCCUGCAGAGCCAGCGCGGGAGGCACGGCGGCCACUCCGCGGAGAACUCUCCCCUCGAGCGCCGCAGCCUCAUGACCUCCGAGGAGAACUACCACAACGAGAGGGCUCGCAAGAGCAGGAACCGCCUGUCUUCCAGUUCCCAGCACAGCCGAGAGCACUACCCCCUCGUGGAAGAGGAAUUCCCUGACCCCUACCAGGACUCGUACAAGCCCCACCGCAACCGCGGCUCCCCCGGCGGCUACAGCCACGACUCACGGCACCGGCUCUGAGUCCCGGGGCUGGGCGGGAGCAGCAUCCACCCGCCGGUACCUUGCCAUAACGUAGCUAGGAAUAACAGUUAGAUCACGUUAAUUUGGCGGGUGUGACGGCGACACCGCUGUUGCGCUCUGCUGUCGUUGGUGUUUAAUUAGGGGGCAGCAAAACCCAGCCCGGCCCUUCCGUUUCUGCCCGAUCAUAGAGGUUGUUUUUGGGAUUAUUUUUGGGUUUAAUACAGCGUUUGCAUUUAUAGCCAUAUUUUUUUCUUGUCCUUAGGUAUUAGACGCAUCCGUUUGUAAUUUUGGGUACUUAUCGAGGCACUUAUAAAAUAAUUUCCUGUGCUGGAAAUUCCAAAUGACCAGUUCCAGUUGGAACCAAUUUAUAAACCAAUUCCUGUUGGAAUUUGGGUGAAUUGACUGGAAAGUCGAUGUGAGCAUGUUGGGAAAAAAAAACAAACACGAAGAAAAAUCUGAAAAUUACAAACCACUGCAAGUCAGAGAGUCAGCUCCAGUAUUUGUUUGCUGGGAGCUCAAUUUCCAUUUCAGGUUGGAGUAAAAGGAUUUAUUCUAACGAUUUCUUUCCAGAAUGGCUUUUUCAGACAAACCAAAUGUAAACUCUCGAGAGUGCCAAAUAUCCCAAAUUAUUGCAGCAGUUACAAAACACUUUCCAGCUCCAAAUUAUUUUUAGACCUGGCAUGAAUGUUGCAGCCAAAUGAUUCUUGAGUUCAGCCAGUCCUGACAGUUUUGUUGGGACCAGCAGGGAGGAGCUGCGACAGGAGACGGGAAAUAGGGACAGGAAGAGGAACAAACUCCAUCGUUUGUGUGCUUGGGGGUUGGGAAUAGCCUUUAUUUUUUCCCACUCUUUUACCUGAAUACAGCUACAAGUCCCAAAAUGGAACAGGAGUAUAGAGACAUCAGAUUUUUCUCCCAUUUUUAUCCCGCUUUUUAAAUGGAAAACAAUCCCCUCCUCUGACCCCCCCCGUGUGUAAAGUCCCUGCAUUCCCGUACCCCGAGUAGCUGCCCACAUGUUCCAUCUUCCCAAGCCCACCUCUGAAUGUCUGCCCAUCCCAGCGGCGCACAAGAACUCUCCAGAAGAUCCAUUCCAGCCACCACAUCCGAGGGGAGGGAGUGGGCUUAACCAGUCACCCGUGACAAACAUUUCAAACAACAUCUCAGUCAGAAUUGCAAUAAAAAGGGAACAUCAGACAAAAAAUCUGCUCCCAGGGAAGUCGUGGAGCUGAUUCCAAGCUUUGGAUUCCAAGAGCAAUGAUAAAUCCUUGGAGAUAUUGCUGCCUUACUUCCUACCAAUCAUUUCUUUCACCUGCUGAGUCUUGAGUUCCUUCCAAGAGAUGAAUUUCUGUGGCUGGACCUUGUGUUUUACACCAUCAGUGAAGCCUUAGAUCCCGUGGGAUUGAAAAUUGACCCCCAUUGCCCAUUUUGUACAACCACUGACAUCUUCCAGCAGAGCCUCCCGAAAUUCCCUCCUCACACAUUCCCUGGAAUUCACACAGUUUUGCUGAGCGUGCAUUUGUUUAUGCAAGUUCAUGUCACAACUGCACAACUGGGUUUUUUUUCUUCCCAAAAUAAGGUUCAUUAACUUUUUUUAUUUGCUUGUUUUCCUCCCAAAGCCUGCUGAACCCGGGCUUUGAAGGCAUGUAGCACUACAGGAAUUUCUGGAAUAUUCUGGUUUCUUCUACGUCCUGGACCAGCUGGCAAAGACCACUGGUGUUUCCAGCAUCCUGGAGUCUGAUUAUCCUCUUGAAGUUGCUGGGAAAAGCAAUCCGUGUCCUUUGUGGGGCACACAAACCUAAACCAUCCCCAGCAGCAUUAAGAGGUGGCAGACUUCUGAGUAAUUAAUCAUUUUAAUGACCCCACGGCCUAACAGGCAGCUGCAGCACCACUGGGUGAUCCCAGUGGAGCAGUUACCGAGGGAAAUGUGGAAAUCUGUGCAUCCAGUGGAGUCCCAGAGCUCCAGAUGGACCUGCCAGACCUGAUCCUGCCCGGUUCCCUCUGGCUGCAGGUGCCAGGGGAGCUCUGGGGCUGGGGGAACGUGGCAGGACCUGGCACUGGCAGCUCCUGCAGGGUUCUGUGCUGCAGCACAAUGGAACAGAGGGACUGAGGAAGUUCUCCAGCCCUUUUCACUUGUCCUUCAUCCAGAAAGGAUGAAGGAGGCCUUGGCAACUCCUCCUUCUCUGAGCUUUCCUUGUUGGUGCAUUGAAGUCCUGACUGCAGGGGAGCUGUAGAACCCUGGGCAGCAGCUGCUUCUCUUUAUUCUGCACUAGAUCAGGGAUCAGCUCGUUAACUGCUUGAGGAGAUUUGCAUGUUUGCAGUCAGAGAUUUCCUAGAGCCUCUUGGAGCCUUGUUUUCAGUCUUCCUUGUCACCCCAGGCUAGGGAAGGAUCCCCAGCCACCACACUCUGCACAAUCCAUCACCUGGACAUCUCAAGUGCCAAAACGACUUGGGUUUGACAAAAACAAACUUGUGAGGGAAGCAGGGAUGGGCCUGAGGUCCUUUAUUCCCUGGGGUUCAGCUGCCUUGACUCCUGGCUGUCCCGAGUUCCUCCCAGAGCCCAUCCCAUUGUCAUCAAAGGAACGGGGGCCCUGCAGGUCUCCCUCCUUGCUGGGGUGUUGAAUUCUGUGAAAAGAGAUAUUCUUGAAGCACCAGCCAGGCUGGCAGACUGUUCAUUUAUUGCAGAUCCUACGGGCAGUGUUCGUUUGAAGAAGGGAUUUCUGUUCAGGACACAGUAAGGACUGAAAGCUGUGCUGGGGAUCAGGAUUGGUAACUCCUGCUGGGAUUCCAGCAAUGCUGAGCAGCUCUCUUGUGGUUUGAGGAGUUCAUGCGUUCCUGACUGAAGCAAUCCAGCCUCAUUCUCCAGUCCUCACAUCAUUUCUUGUUGUUAAAAUAAUACUAAAGGCCAGGGCUCUGAGCUCUGGCAGGGACAGAGGGUUGAGAAAUGUUUAUAAAACAGGGAGGUUUUUUAAGUUUUGUUGUUAUCUGAGUUUCUCAUUCAGACACCUUGGGAUUAACAGGGAUUUAACCAACCAAGGUGAUAACAACAAUCUCUAAAGAGAAAAUUCAGCACGUUCUUAUGUUUGGGAAUCAAUUAUUCUAAUUGUUAACCUUCAAAUACUUUCUCCCUGGAGUUGUAUUUAACAUGUACAGAUUCUUUUCCUGAUGCCAAACAUUUCUCCCAUGGGAUGUGCAACUCACAGCUGCUGGUAUUUGUAACUUCAUUUUGAUGCCAAAUCUUCUGAAUUCAGUUUGGUCUCAACACCACAGAAUUCCCUGGAGCAUCCAGACUCUCCUGUCUUUACUGACUUCACCAUUCUAAAACAAUGUUGUUAUUCCUGUUGUUCACAGCACACUGAUUUGGGUAAGUCAGGGGUUCUGACACUCCUUUUUUCUUUAAUAAUCAUUAAAUGUGUCCUCUGCUGUAUUUUCUUUCACAGGUUCAGUACUUCUGAAACUUGUCCUUGAUCCCACAUUCCUGAUUUUUUUUUUUAAGGCAAAAUAAUUGGAGACUACACAGGACAAAAUCAGAUGCAUAUUUUAUAAAAUGCCAUUUAUACGAACCUGGGUUUGCUCCUAAAAAUGUGCAUUUUAACAUCAGGUUCUGUUACCCUAAAAAUAUGCAUUUUAACAUCAGGUUCUGUUACCCUAAAAAUGUGCAUUUUGACAUCAGGUUCUGUUACCCCUGUUGGUGCCAGUCCAGGUUUGGAUCCAUGGGAUUCUGCUGCCAUGUAUUUUGUUGGAGUUGCCUCUCAUUCCCUCCAACAUCAGCUCUGCAAAGGCUGCAGGAUCCUGUAAUGCAGCCAAGCUUAACUCUGGGGAAAUGGAGUUUAAAUGAUCCUAAAAGAGAGUGUGGUGUCAUUUUAACAGGCAUUUGAAUAACCUUGCUGAGGUUGUUACCAAGCCCAGUUUAUUUUAUAUAGAAAAAUAAAGGUGUAUCUUUAAAAAAAGGGAAAUUUUAAUAAAGUUGUAAAAUAUAUACAAGGAAUUAACUCAGAGAAAGAGGUGAAAAUGCUACGUAGGAGUGAAAGUUCAGAUUCCUUUCAGUGUGUGUGGAAUCCACUCAAGAAGUCAGGAGAAAUAUUGUGAUUAGAUCCAUCCAGAGAAUUCGGGGAGGAGGUGGAAUCAUUCCAGAUGUCACCAGUGUCACUCCUUUAUUCCUUUGGAAGGAGCAGCCUUGGCUUGGUCUCAGGAGGGUUUAUGGACCUGCCUCGGGAAUCUGGGAAACCAAAUUCCUUGGCAGUGACAGCAGCUCCUGUCUGCUCCAAGAGCAGGGUCUGCCCAGCCAUGGCACCCCCUGAUCGUCCCCUGCCUUACCAACACUGCCUGAAAACCCAGCUGUAAUUCACUGGGACGUGCCCGUGUAGAGUCUGCUCUGCAGCAGAGAAUCCACAGAGCUCAGAGUUCUGUCCUCUGCCAGCGCUGUGAAAACAGAGCAAGGGAAAAGAAGCACAUUUGUAAUAGCACAAAUUUACAAUAAUUCCACUCCUGCAUCUGGCAUCGUGGUUUUGGAAGCAAGGGGGAGAUUUCUGGUCCAGCAUCAGUGGAUUUAUUGCAUUUUUGAUCUGUUUACUCGCUGCCUGAUACUUCAGCAGUUGAUUUUGGCAUUUUGCACAUGGGAUUGAUUUUUCACUAACUUGUAUCCCUUCCGUAUGAAUUAAUUAAUGACAACAAAAAGAACCUUUUCAAAUCGCAAAGCCCACUGCAUUCAUUUCCGCUGAUUUCCUCCCGGAAGCUGAAAUCACAUGAAUAACUUUAAUUUUGGCCAAUGUAUAGAUCUGGGAUGUGACUGUGAACCCAGCAGCAGCCCAAGGUCGGGAAUGAAAGGCUCCCAGGAAAUGUUUGUGGGGAUACGAAGCUUGGAGUGGGGGAGGGAAGAGUCCGGCACCCCAAAUUCCCAAGAAUUCCCUGCAGACCUGAAGGGAGGUGAGGUUAAGGAACUGUGUGUGGGCCCAGGCGUGUUUGGGAUUGGGACACCCCUGACUGCUUCCCUCCUGGGGCAGACAGGGAGAGCCAGGCCAGCGAAAUGCGGGUUGUGUGCAAGCAGAGCGGGGAGAGCCUCGGGAUCUGCCAUUCCAGCUGCACUCCAGACCUUGGGCUUCUCAGAUCCUGGCACAUCUCUGUUUCUCAGCCAGACUGGCUCCCAGCGAGGGCCUGGCAGCGCUGCCUCGCUGGGAGCCAGUUCAGAGCCACACUGGUGAAGACAUUACUGCCUUUACUGGGACAGAGCCACCCCAGAUUUGUGUUUUCUGCUGAUUUUCCCUUUGUUUUGCCCUCUAGACCCCGUGUGUGUAGCACCUGACCAGGCAUGUGGGUACCAUAUACUAUGCAAUGUGUACAGUGGUGCAUGCUCUGCUCUCCCUCUGCUUUUAGUGGCUUUCAAAGAAAACUACAAAAAUUGGAAAAAAAGAAAAAAAAAAGUAAAAAAAAAAAAGAAGUGGUGUUAUUUUUGUGACCAGGAUCAUGCAGACUGCAUGCCCAUAGUAUCCUCAUUUCUAUGGAUUCGUUUUCUGGAAUUUAGAUGUACAAAGAUGAACUGCAUUACAAUAACUUUUCUACAAUAAAUGAACAAAACUACCAAGCGUUUAAAA